AUGGCGUCCAAAGUCAGCCCUGUUGCUGCUCCGGCUCAGACCUUCGCCUUUAUCACACACUCCCCAGCCACCCUUCCCAACAACCUUCCUCCAGACGUCGACGAUGCCAGUCUAGCCCGAAGGAGACGUAGACGUACCAGUCACAAGGACCAGAUCAUCCUGGAGGAAGAAUUUGCCAAAUGUGACCGACCAGACAAGCACAAACGAAAGGAGAUUGCAGCGCGAGUUGGCUUGGAGGACAAGCAAGUUCAGAUCUGGUUCCAAAAUCGUCGUCAAACCCACCGACGAAAGAGCAAACCUCUUCAACCUCACGAGAUCAUCCCUCGAAACGUCCCCCUCUCUUCCGAUCCAAUUAUAUCUCCCUUUAACUCUGCCUUAAAGAUCCCUCAAGACGACGACACCAUUGAACUCCCCUCUCACUCCAGUCGUCCUUCGUCUCCCUGCCCUGACGGAGACCUCCAGAGCCAUCAUACAUCUGACGCCACGGAACCAGAUAUCUCCAUGAUGACUGCUGAUACCUCGGUCUCCUCCAUCGAUUCUUUCAUGGAGCCAGAGAUCCUUCGCAAGACUUCGCCUAUUCAUUUCCUUCUCAAUCCGGCUUCUGAAACGCCAGAUACCUCCUUCGAGUCUACUCAGUCCACCAUUCCAGACGAUCUGGAGAUGUCUCACUUCAACAUGACUAAGCCAAUGGAUAUCGAAGAGCCUGUCAAAACAUUCGUCAACCCUCGUCGUUCCGGUUUUGGUUCCCAACCGGCUCCAUCUCUCCUCAAACGUUCUUCCUCUGCCGUCCGUCUCUCCAUGUCUUUUGACGGCAAAGCUACCAUCAUCCUCGAGGACGACGAGGAUGCCCUUCCACGUGGUAGUCAAAGCUCUCAAACCUCCUUCCACGAACACACCCCUCCAAAGCGUCGCACCGAGAACGCGAAAAUCUGGGAGUCAUGUUGCGACACCUCCCUCAGCGUCGAACCAGUCAAAGAAGAUUCUCCUCGCAAAGCCCUCAAGACUAUCCGUGCUCGUGGUGUUGUCGCUGCUGCCAAAGCCAAAGCCGCGGCUGCAGCCGAUGCACGCAAGCAAAAGCCGACUACGACCGCUCUCAUGACUUCGGAGGCCGCGAAGAAGAAGAAGACCAAGAAUGCUCUGGGUCCAAAAUCGGCCAAUCCCAUCAUUCCUUUGGUCAACACAACCACCUCAAUUGAUUCUCCAAAACCUCUUAAAAUCCAACAUUUCAGCCCAGCCACCUCCAAGACCAACAAUAACCCACGAAAGGUCCUCACCGCGUCACAAAAGGGUCCAAAGAAGGCCACUCCGUCUCCUCAAAUGUCUGCUAUCAACAAGAACCGUUCCCCCUAUCGCACCCUCGCCGACACUCUCAACGGCAAGAACGCUAAUAAGGCCGGUUUCACCAUCUACCAGUCCAGCGAUGAAGGAGACUCAGACAAGGAAAACUGGGAACCAGGGUUCAAGGUCAGGAAGAGCAAGCAGGCUCAACAACCUAUCUGGAGGCCCAAAGGCCCAAGGGAUAUUCUUGGGGAUCUUGACGGACGAGUUCCACAACCCAAUGAACUCGAGGUCAUUGAGAAUCUCAUGAGCUUAAGGGAUGGAUUGUGGCGUUGA